AUGGCCACUUCACGCACCUCAGGCAUCACCUCCUAUUUCCAGCCGACACAAUCCACCAAGCGAAAAGCUGAAGACAAUGGCCCUGAAAAGGAAAACUUCCCCAAUGCAGCUCGAAAGAGGGCUAAAGGCCAGACCAAUGAUGAAGCCAGCACAGCGGAAUCCGAUGAUGCACAGGUCCCAAAGAAGACGGCCAAAGCCCGAGGAAAGCCCCCUGGAAGAGCGAAAGCGAUCAAGCCAAAAGCAGGCCCGACUCCCAAAAAGCUGUUCAACGAUACAGUAAAACAAGUCGCCAAGCAAGUCAAAGCAUUGGACAAAAAGAUCAAAUCCAUGAACGGCAACACACGAGAGGUCUACAUUGCAGAUUACGCUGAUAUAGCCGCGCAACAUAUACCCGUCGUCGAGAGACUGGCUGCAGUCGAUUCGGCCCUUGCGUUCAAUCUGGCACUCUGCUUGGGCGACGCAGCUUCAACGGACCUAAAUGUUACCAUAAAGAUGUCUGGCUAUGGAGAUCAUGAGAGCUCGUUCGCUGAGCUGGACGCAGCAUUGUUACCGCUCAUCGAGGCCAGAGAGGUCCCUACCACCAGACUCGAAGUCCUCCCCGCGGUAGCACAUCGUUGGACUCGUGCAGAUGCCGAUGUUGGUGAAUUCAAGACUGGAAGACCCAAUAAGCAACAGCGAAACGAGAUGGCUAAUGACAGAAUUGAUUGGGAGCACGAGCGGCGGGCAGAGCGCAUGAAGCGGAGGAUGGAGUGCGAGGAUUGGGUGACUGUUGCAUUGGCUGAUUUGAAGGGAGAAAGAGACUACCUCGAUGCUUACGGUGUUGAGGGAUUCUUCGAAAAAAGUAUUGCAAAGCUUGAAGCGAUUGAUCUGACUCGGAAGUAG